UGAACAUCUGGAAGAGCUUCCUUGAUUGGUAUUUGCACUGAAGUUAGAAGCGACUGAGAUUCUGUGUUUGCCGAGUCGUAUGGAAAGAUAAGGAUAAUGGAGACUCGGCCACUCAGGGAUCAGGUCUUUCAGUGCAUAAUAAGACUUCGGAGCAUUAAACCGGGUUUUUUCAUUGAAAUGACUUAAAAACUACAAAAAAGCAUUUGAUUAAUGAUUCAUGGCGAGAUUUCAUUUUAUGACUAUGAAUCUCACGUUUAUAUUUAUCUCACUUUAGGCGUGGAUUGUGUUUGCUUGCCGUGAGUUGGACUUCAGUAUUCUAGGCUGCUUUGAAGGAUAAAGCCUUCUUCAGGACAAGAGCAAGUGGCCAAAAGGACUGGUAUAUUGGUUUACGCUACUACGCUGAGCUGAUGCAAAGCAUUUCACAAUGAAGGCAAUCAUUCUAAUUAUUUUACCAACUCUUUCUCUUUUACCUAUGAUUUCUUAUGCCGGCGACAAAAGCACAAAACACCUCACGGAACUCAACUGUCCUGAAUCAAAAACAGCUCUUUUUUACUGGUUACCAUAUGAAAACCAAAUUAACUUCGACAAUAGAACGAAGCAAGUCAAAGGGACUCUGAAAGAUUACAUUACACAAGCUCUUCAGAUUUGCUGUUCCUCGCUAAAGCUAAACUAUUCCCAAAUGAAAGUGGAUUCGUCUAAAGAGAUAGAGUUGUUCAUCAGGAAGGACCGAAGCGCUGGUUUAUCUUUCUAUUUCCCUGUAUUUGCAAACAAAUACCAGAAAGAAAAAUUCCAGAGGCCAUUCGUUGGACUUUACGACUCCCCAGGACCGGUAAUUUUUGUCUACGAUAAGGAUAAUACAAAGGGUGCUGUUUUUACUGCCUUAACGCAAUCAUGGCAGAUACCGGCUUUGUGCGUCCUACUUGCUUCAAUUUCUGGCGUAAUACUUUGGUUUCUGGAUCACAAACACAACAAACAUGAACUCCCACAAGAAUUUCACCGUGGUUCGUGUGUUGGGCUAUGGUGGGCAUUCGUUACUAUGACAACAGUAGGAUACGGAGACAUCGCUCCCAAAUCCUUCAGAGGUCGACUGUUUGCUGUAAUCUGGAUGAUUAUCGGAUGCAUCGCCCUCACACUAUUCAACGCUCAGCUAACUGCAAUGAUAACCAGUAAUGAAUUGCCUAAUGAAAUGAACCUUAUUGGAAAACAGAUUGUAAUCCCAAGAGGAGGGAAGCCAUUUUUAGAAGAAGAAUUAAAUCUAGGUGCAGAAUAUCGUGAGGAGGAUUUUAGUGACCUUCUAACCAAGAUCAGAAAGAAAACAGACGAUAUAAUGAUGACGUACAAUUAUUGGGAAAUCAAGAUGGCUCAGACAUACGGGGAACAAGCAACGGGAACCAAGACUAGAAUCAAAGUAAUCAAGACCAUAGAUCACCGAUUCACUAUUGGUAUAACGGCUUCGGGAAACAUCACCAAUACAGGAAAUUUCCUGAAGUGCUUUGAACGAGAAAUUGUAGAUAGCAUUAUCGUAAAAAAGGAAGAGAUUUACGGCGCAUUAUUAGGGGGUAACUCAAAGAUAACCAAACCAACUGAGCCAAGCAUAAAGAGCAAUCUACCUUACUCUUUUGAAACCAUGGCCACGUUGACUGCACUGGCUGUUCUAAUAUUGCUUGUCAUUCUGGGACUUGUGUUGGAAUUCUGUGGAAAACAAGAAUCUCGUCUUAGAGGAAACAGAGAGGAACUUCUCAGCAGCCCUAAUAGCAGUGCUGAUGAUCAACGUUGGUACAGAAAUAGAAGUAAUUGGCAGUCCAGAGAUGUAUAGUAGACAUUUGAUCCUGUAUGUCAGUAUCGUAUCGGUAAAUCUUUUUAAAAAGUGGAACUACAUGUGGCCCUAAGAAACGAGAUUCAUAUGGUAUGGAAAGGGGAUGGAAUCGAAUGAAAUGAAAUAGCAUGAAGUAGGAAUGUAGAAGUUGGAAAUAGGCCAGGGUUGAAUAUAUGAAUACGAAAGAUGAAGGGAAUGAAGGAAGGAAGGAAAGAAUAAAG